AUGCGUCUUCUCGUAAUCAACCUUAUCAAAGAUCCGAUGUUCGCCGGCUGCCAGGUCGCAACAGACUAUUCGAGCAUUGUCGUGACGACCAAGAAGCUCGACCUCGGCCCUGCCGACCGCAAGCAAGGCAAGAUCGAAGUCAUCGAUCCCACAUUUCCCCCUUUCCAAGGCCUUGACAAUGCACAGGCCCAGGAAGCCAGGAACCGUCGUACCAAAGGCUACGAACUGUCCAAAACUGGAGAAUUCAGCCUAGCUGAUCUGGUUCGCGCUUUGCAAGCUACACAGGCGGGCGCAUGGUUCGAAGGACAAGCAGACGUAAUUCAAUUACUCAAUAUUGUCAUCUCUAAAACUCCAAACGAUACGGCCAACGUAUACUCGCUUGGUCAGAACAAAUACUAUCCUGGUGUCGGGUCGCCAUUGAUGGAGCAAGUCGACAUCACUGGUGGCCUCCAAGCCCUCCGCGGCUACUUUGCUAGUGUUCGCACUUCAUCAAACAGGAUCUUGGUGAAUCUAAACGUGGCAAGCGCGGCCUUUUACAAGGCAGGACCGCUUAUGAACCUUGUCUCUGAGUUCGUUGGCGGCUACUCUGGCCAAGCUCCAAGACCGCAGGACCUGGUCAGGGCCGAAGGGUUCAUCCGCAUGCUUCGCGUUGAAACGAACUAUCUCAAGGCUCUCGAUGCGAACGGCAAGACUAAGAUGGACGCUCAAGGGCGCCCUCAGACCGUGCCUGGUCUGAAGAGCGUUGUUGGCCUGGCUCCCCGUCCCAGAGAUGGCGACGCCAGAACAGUCACCUUCUCCUGGUCCGAUCCGAAGAAACCUCAAGCUGCAGCUCGCAACAUCUCUGUGUUUGAGUUCUUCAAGACUCAGCACGGCAUCACCCUUCAGCACCCAGAGUUGCCUGUUCUCAACGUAGGCACGAGAAGCGAUCCUUCAUAUCUGCCCAUCGAGCUGGGUACCGUUUUGCCCGGUCAGCCUGUCAGACGCCUACUCUCAGGAGGUACGUAUAGGAGUUUGAACCCCUAUUACAUUGCAGAGUUCUUUUCAAGAUCGAGUUAG